AAUACACAUAUUCAAAAGAAAGGGACUGUGCAAUUCGUACAUGCAAGCCAAAGGUAAGACCACUUGUUUCACAUACAAAACGGUGUCCAAGUUGUUACGAGAACCAACCUUGACAACUCUUGAUUCAACAUUUUUUGUACAUCCUCGUUAACAAAUUCAACACAAGGCAGGGAGAAGUCUCUAGGUCAUCCCCGACGAGCUCGACUCUCAGAGCCCCGAAAUUUACUGCGUGAAUGCUUCAAAUUGCGGUUUAAACUGCGGUGUGAGAAAACGAUGGGAUUGAAGUAGAAUUGGGCUAUGCUUCUUAUUUGCGAUCGUAAGGUUGUAUCGCUCCUUGACUCCUCCGUAACUUCUAAGCGACGUUUCUGUAUUUUGCUACAUUCCGUUUUGGGCGUUUUCGGUGAUGAGCAAUCAAAGACAUAAUACAAGAUUAGCAUCGUAGUAAUAAACGACUGAGCAGAAGAAUGGUGCAGAAUUAAAGCUCUGAUGUGUCCACAGCAAAUCGAAAGUUGAUGAUGAAAUACACACUAGGGAAGAAGCUCGUUUGGCUUUGGGUAUGGGAGUACGUCUUAAAGCACACGUCAGAUGUGAAUCUUAUCAGGAAAUUAGCACAGUCACUUCCUGUUCCUGAGGACGUCUGGCGCUUGAAACAGAUGAUACUGAUCAAACAGCUCUCGUUUCUGGUUUCUAGAGGCUUGGAUAUUCAGAAGACACUGGACACCCUCGAGGCUCUGUAUCAUGCUUUUGAAAUUGAAUGUAUUGACAAAGCUGGAAUGAGAUCAGAAGAUAUACCAUCGUUCGUACGAUUCAAGGCAUCACAUCCCGACGCACCAGAGGUGAACAUUGAAACAAGGGACUCGCGUGAUUUGCAGUCAUCAGAGUUGAGCAACAACGAAGAGGAACUGUUCGUGUGGAAAGGACUUCAGCAUCCUAUAUUGGAAGUGAAAGAAGAGCUUCGUAAGUUGCUUAGACUUUCAGCAAGUGAGAAAUUGGAUGCAAGCAAUGCAAAGGUCAAGAUCAUUGAGAAUAAAUUGGCAACAUUGAUAAGGAAUUUCUGGGCCAUUUAUAGCCCAGUGUUCCUGGAGAAAAUUGAAGAGGCUGCCAAUAACGGAAAGUACAAGCUACAAGGAUUGUCGGUGAAGGUUCCAUCUGCAUCUGAUGAAAAUGUCACAGAUACAGUGGCCGAAAAUAGUGCUAACUCCAAAAACGAAGGGGUGCCUGAGAGUAACAUACGAGGCUUGAAUAACCGUUGUUUGGAAAUACCGAAGGAUGUCAAUGGAAGGAUUAAAGACUUGCAGAAACCACGACAAACAUUAGAUAAUAACCAUAUCGAGCUUCAGAAGUUUGUAAAGUAUCCACUUCCUCCACUUCCUCACUUGAAAAAACCAGAUAGUAAAACAGAGGCACAAGAGAACAUUCCAAGUGAGAUGAGCCACAACACUUCUGUAAAACGUAGUCUUCUAAAACCUCUCCCGUCCACACGAGUGCAGGGCUGGGAUGAAGCCUCAAGCAGCUGUUCUCCAUCUGAUUCAAGGCAAAUCCGUUUGCCACACAUCCUUAGACCCAAUCAUGUGACUUUGCCGCCUCGUUACUCGACGACAGGUGAUUACUCAUUUGCAACAGGAUCGGGCUUGAAGCGUGGACGGCAGAAAAAAAACUGGUCAGAAUUAGAGGUGGAAGCUUUGAAAAGCGGAGUUCGGAAAUAUGGGGAAGGCCACUGGAAGACCAUCCUGCAAAAGAAAAAAGAUGUCCUUUAUGCACGCACUGGGGUUGAUCUUAAGGACAAAUGGAGAAAUCUUGUGAAGUCCAACUUCGUUCACUCUUGUAGAGAUCAUACGACAUAAAACCAUGUUCAUGUUACAGUAUACCACUACAGCAAAACCAAAUUUCAAUGCUCUCAAAGCUUCUCAACCACUCUUUGCAAGUAUGUU